AGUCAUCCAUGUUUAAUGUGUUCCCUUGUAAAGUUACACAGGGAAAGAAGGUGAAACAGGGCAUUUGGAAAAUAAAAAAGCAUCUGAUAGCAAGGAAUUCCCAUUUUGUUAAAGAAAACUGCUUUCAAUGCAGUCCCUCACCAAGAUGGAGGUGGACAGGCCGCCAUCGCCUGCAAGGAUGCCAUAUACGUCAGACAAGCAUCCACGCCACACACUGGAAGCCAUAAAUGUGCUUCGUAAGCACCGAGAACUCUGUGAUGUAGUUAUUAUUGUUGGACAGAGAAAGAUCUUUGCACACAGAGUGGUGCUCUCUGCGUGCAGUCCGUACUUUCAUGCCAUGUUCACAGGAGAGCUGGCCGAGAGCCGUCAGACAGAGGUCACCAUAAGAGACAUUGAUGAAAAUGCCAUGGAAAUGCUAGUCGAUUUCUGCUACACAUCCAGUAUAACUGUUGAAGAGAGCAAUGUUCAGACACUUCUACCAGCAGCAUGUCUGUUACAGCUUGCUGAGAUUCAGGAUGUGUGUUGUGAAUUUCUCAAAAGGCAGUUAGACCCAUCAAACUGUCUAGGGAUCAGGGCAUUUGCUGAUACACAUGCCUGCAGGGACCUUUUAAGAAUAGCAGACAAGUUUACACAGCAUAAUUUUCAAGAGGUGAUGGAAAGUGAAGAAUUUCUCCUUCUUCCCCUGAAUCAGCUAGUGGAUAUAAUCUCAAGUGAUGAGCUCAAUGUGCGCAGUGAGGAGCAGGUGUACAGUGCUGUGAUGGGUUGGGUCAAACAUAAUAUACAGGAGAGGAAGGGAAACCUGCCUACAGUAGUACAGCAUGUGAGGCUGCCACUGAUGAGUCCAAAGUUUUUAGUCGGCACUGUGGGCUCUGAUCUUUUAAUAAAAAGCGACGAGGCCUGUAGAGAUUUGGUAGACGAAGCUAAGAAUUACCUGCUGUUGCCACAGGAGCGCCCUCUGAUGCAGGGACCAAGAACGCGACCAAGGAAACCAAUAAGAUGUGGAGAGGUGUUAUUUGCAGUGGGUGGCUGGUGUAGUGGAGAUGCUAUAUCCAGUGUGGAGAGGUACGACCCACAGACCAAUGAGUGGCGCAUGGUGGCGCCCAUGAGUAAGCGACGCUGUGGGGUGGGUGUGGCAGUGCUGAAUGGCCUGCUGUAUGCUGUAGGGGGACACGAUGGACAGUCUUAUUUAAACAGCAUUGAGAGAUAUGAUCCUCAGACUAAUCAGUGGUCCAGUGAUGUAGCUCCCACCAGUUCAUGUCGUACCAGUGUGGGCGUGGCUGUUCUUGGAGACUUCAUGUAUGCCGUAGGAGGGCAAGAUGGAGUUUCAUGUCUGAAUUUCGUGGAGAGAUAUGAUCCUCAGACCAACCGCUGGGUAAAGGUUGCCCCCAUGAGUACCAGGAGGCUGGGGGUGGGAGUGGCUGUGCUGGCAGGAUAUCUGUAUGCUGUAGGAGGAAGUGACGGAUCUUCACCACUGAAUACAGUUGAGAGGUAUGACCCCCGGACCAACCGCUGGACCCCGGUGUCUCCAAUGAACACGCGGAGGAAGCACCUGGGGGUUGCUGUGUAUAACAACAUGAUGUAUGCUGUAGGUGGGAGAGAUGACACCACUGAGCUAAGCAGUGUAGAGAGAUACAACCCACAGACCAAUACAUGGCAGCCGGUGGUAGCUAUGACUUCUAGGAGAAGUGGGGUUGGUUUGGCAGUUGUAAAUGGAAUGCUAAUGGCCAUUGGUGGGUUUGAUGGCACCACCUAUCUGAAGACCAUAGAAGUGUAUGAUCCUGAACAGAAUUGCUGGAAGCUCUACGGAGGCAUGAACUAUCGUAGACUGGGAGGGGGUGUGGGUGUGGUCAAAAUGCCGCAGCAUGAAGCUCACCUAUGGUGACAACUAUUGAAACUGUUUGAUAGCUCUAGCAAUGGGUAGUUUCUGACCUUGGUUGACAAGCAGUCUAUCAAGAUAACGUUUCUACUGGGAAAAUGGUAUGUGUAGUGCCAUUACCUUUUCAGACAGAACUGAACACAGGGUUGAAACAACCUGUCAGAAGUAUUCUCAUAUCUUAUAUGUUAUACCACCCAUUAAGCAUAAGGUGGACAGGUUUUAUGUACUCACUAUUAGAUUGUCAUGAAGUGUCAUUCAUCUCCAUCAGGACGGGAUCACACAGGUGAACGGGCAAGAAGGCAUUUUGUUUAUAGCCCAGAAAAUAUGACAACAUCUAUCUGAAGCGUCAUUUAUUGUGUGAACUGAUGAUUUUUUUUAGAUAACCUUAAGUUUCUACUGUCUCACUAGGAUAAUUUGUAACAAUUUUUUUUUUUUUUUUUUUUUUUUUUUUACAGCAAGAUUCUUUUUUUCUAAAUUAUUCAUACUCAAAACUAAUUUUGCAAGAAUUUAUUCUGCAGUAGAUCCAGUACUCACACCCCAGAUCUGCCUUAGCCAGAACUGAGCUGGAUGAUGCUGUUUAUGUAGAAAGCAAUGCAUGUGGUAUAAAACCAUUUAUUGACAAGUAAUGCUUUAUAUGAGGGGUACUAAAGAAUAUGUAUAGCAAGAGAUAAACAGGCUGAUUGGAACUGCUUCCCAUAUAGAGGUGCAAUUUGGCAGCGUUUUCAUAUAUUAUUAACUUAUUGUCGUCAUUGCAAUAAUUAUUAGUCGUGUGUGAAGGGCAAAUGUGCAGUUGAAGGGGAAGUAUCAGAGAAAACUAGUCUGGUAAUGAACAAAUCGUGUAACCAAUUGAUCAUUGAACAGUCAAGCAGGUGCUUACAAACAGUUACAGCUCAAAAGUGUGACUACAACUGAAGAUUCCCUGCUUAAAGAUGAAUGAAAAUAUUUCAAUUAUAACAGUUUUGAUAUCACCCCCUUUAUAUGGUCCAUGGUGCUGUAAAGUGUAAUAAGAGAUGGUCCACAAGUGAAGGAUUCCUUUUUAUCAAGCAAAAAAAAAAAAAUUAUUGAUAUAUAGAUGCUGAGGUUUUUUAUAUUCAGAUAGAUAAUGGGGAUUUUUUAAAUCCCCACCCCUCCCCUGCUAAAAACGUUUCGCAAAUCUUAUUUAAUUAAGGCAUUUAGUUGUAUUUCUGUGAGGCCUAGAUGGUGAUGAUGAUGGUGAACUUUUCGCUAUGGGAAUUAAAGCUACCAUUUUUGUUUUGAAAAAGGAGGAAUGCCCCCCCCCCCCCAAUCUCCUUUAGAUACCUGAAAAAUACUGUAAAAUUGUUCUAAGAUGUUAUGAAAGAUGCACCUAUCUGUCUCCUUAAAGUGAAUCUAUUGAAACUUAAUAUGAUCACUGGUUUAGAUUAUCUUCUUAAGCUAUCGGUUCUUUUACGAAAACCAUUUGUAGAUAUGUUGUAAAUAAUUAAAAUUACAUAAUGUAAAUAAUCGUACAUCCUU